AUGCAGAAGGGGAUGCGGCUCAAUGACGGGCACGUCGCCCACCUGGGGCUGCUGGCGAAGAAGGACGGGGCCCGGCGCGGAUACCUGAGCAAGCGGAGCGCCGACAACACGAAAUGGCACACCAAGUGGUUCGCGCUGCUCCAGAACAUGCUCUUCUACUUCGAGACCGACUCCAGCUCCCGGCCCUCGGGGCUCUACCUGCUCGAGGGCUGCGUCUGCGACCGCGCGCCCUCCCCCAAGCCCCCCCUCUCGGCUAAGGACUCCCUGGAGAAGCAGCACUACUUCACCGUUAACUUCAACCACGAGAACCAGAAGACCCUGGAGCUGCGGACGGAGGAUGCCAAAGACUGCGACGAGUGGGUGGCAGCCAUCGCUCAUGCCAGCUACAGGAACCUGGCGACAGAGCACGAGGCGCUGAUGCAGAAGUACCUCCAUCUCCUGCAGAUCGUGGAGACUGAGAAGACUGUUGCCAAGCAACUCCGGCAGCAGAUCGAGGACGGGGAGAUCGAGAUCGAGCGCCUCAAGGCCGAGAUCGCAUCCCUGCUCAAGGACCACGAGCGCAUCCAGGCCAGCCAGAGCAGCGCGCCCAGUGAUGACGACAGUGACAUCAAGAAGAUCAAGAAGGUGCAGAGCUUCCUGCGGGGCUGGCUGUGCCGGAGGAAGUGGAAGACCAUCAUCCAGGACUACAUCAGGUCCCCCCACGCUGACAGCAUGCGCAAGAGGAACCAGGUGGUGUUCAGCAUGCUGGAGGCCGAGGCUGAGUACGUCCAGCAGCUCCACAUCCUCGUCAACAACUUCCUGCGGCCGCUGCGCAUGGCUGCCAGCUCCAAGAAACCGCCCAUCACUCACGACGAUGUCAGCAGCAUCUUCCUCAACAGUGAAACAAUCAUGUUUUUGCACCAAAUUUUCUACCAAGGCCUGAAGGCGCGGAUCUCCAGCUGGCCCACGCUGGUGCUGGCCGACCUGUUCGACAUCCUGCUGCCCAUGCUGAACAUCUACCAGGAGUUUGUGCGGAACCACCAGUACAGCCUGCAGAUCCUGGCGCACUGCAAGCAGAACAGGGACUUUGACAAGCUGCUCAAGCAUUACGAGGCCAAGCCUGACUGCGAGGAGAGGACCCUGGAGACCUUCCUCACCUACCCCAUGUUCCAGAUCCCCAGGUACAUCCUGACCCUGCACGAGCUGCUGGCCCACACGCCCCACGAGCACGUGGAGAGGAACAGCCUGGAUUACGCCAAGUCCAAGCUGGAAGAGCUGUCCAGGAUAAUGCACGAUGAAGUGAGCGAGACUGAAAAUAUUCGGAAAAACCUGGCAAUAGAGAGGAUGAUCAUCGAAGGGUGUGAGAUCCUGCUGGACACCAGCCAGACCUUCGUCAGACAAGGGUCCCUGAUCCAGGUGCCGAUGUCGGAGAAGGGGAAGAUCACCAGGGGCCGCCUGGGCUCGCUGUCGCUCAGGAAGGAGGGAGAGCGGCAGUGCUUCCUCUUCUCCAAGCACCUCAUCAUCUGCACCCGCGGCUCCGGGGGCAAGCUGCACCUCACCAAGAACGGGGUGAUCUCCCUCAUCGACUGCACGCUGGUGGAGGAGCCCGAGAGCACCGAUGAGGAUGCCAAAACAUCGGGACAAGACAUUGACCACCUUGACUUCAAAAUCGUGGUGGAGCCGAAAGAUUCCUCCUCUUUUACCGUUAUCCUCGUGGCCUCGUCCAGGCAGGAGAAGGCUGCGUGGACCAGUGACAUCAGCCAGUGCGUGGACAACAUCCGCUGCAACGGGCUGAUGAUGAACGCCUUCGAGGAGAACUCCAAGGUCACCGUGCCCCAGAUGAUCAAGUCUGAUGCCAGCUUGUAUUGUGAUGAUGUUGACAUUAGGUUCAGUAAAACGAUGAAUUCCUGCAAGGUCCUGCAGAUCCGCUAUGCCAGUGUGGAGCGGCUGCUGGAGAGGCUGACGGACCUGCGCUUCCUGAGCAUCGACUUCCUCAACACCUUCCUGCACUCCUACCGUGUCUUCACCACCGCCCUCGUCGUCCUCGACAAGCUCAUCACCAUCUACAAGAAGCCCAUCAGUGCCAUCCCUGCACGGUCCCUGGAGCUCCUGUUUGCAAACAGCCAGAACAACAAGCUGCUCUAUGGGGAGCCCCCCAAGUCCCCCAGAGCCAACCGCAAGUUCUCGUCGCCGCCGCCACUCUCCAUCACCAAAUCCUCGUCCCCCAGCCGCCGGAGGAAGCUGUCCCUCAACAUCCCCAUCAUCACCGGGGGCAAGGCGCUGGACCUGGCGGCGCUGAGCUGCUCCUCCAAUGGCUACGCCGGCGUCUACUCCUCCAUGGCCCCCUUCAGCAAGACCACUCUGGACAUCAACAAGCUCUACGUGUCCAGCGGCUAUCCCAAUAAAAUCCCAGACGAAGGAGAAGCGGCCUCGGAAAAGCAAGAGGAGUCGCUGCCAGGCAAGCAAAGCUCAGAGGUGUCUGUCAGGGAGGAGUCAGACACAGAUCCCAACCACAGCGAUGAAGCAGAAGCUGAAGCUUCCCCAACAAAAUCUCCAACGACUCCCAAGUCCAUCAAGUGCAAAAAUUCAUCAGAUUUCUCGCUGUUUUCCUACAACAAUGGCAUGGUCAUGACGUCCUGCCGGGACCUGGACAGCGCCCGCAGCGCCCUGUCUGCCACCUCUGCCUUCGCCAUCGCCACGGCGGGGGCCAACGAGGGCACCCCCACCAAGGAGAAAUACCGCAGGAUGUCCCUGGCCAGCGCAGGCUUCCCGACGGACCAGCGGAACGGGGACAAGGAGUUCGUGAUCCGCAGAGCGGCCACCAACCGUGUCCUCAACGUGCUGAGGCACUGGGUGUCCAAACACUCACAGGACUUUGAGACCAACGAGGAGCUGAAGUUCCGGGUGAUCAGCUUCCUGGAGGAGGUCAUCCAUGACCCUGAGCUCCUGACCCAGGAGAGGAAAGCAGCUGCCAACAUCAUCAGGACCCUGACGCAGGAGGAUCCAGGAGACAACCAGAUAACCCUGGAGGAGGUGGUGCAGAUGGCUGAGGGGGUCAAAGCAGAGCCCUUUGAAAACCACUCAGCCCUGGAGAUCGCAGAGCAGCUGACACUGCUGGAUCACCUGGUCUUCAAGAAGAUCCCAUAUGAAGAAUUCUUUGGGCAAGGCUGGAUGAAGCUGGAGAAGAAUGAGAGGACUCCAUACAUCAUGAAGAACACAAAGCACUUCAACGAUGUCAGCAACCUGAUCGCGUCGGAGAUCAUCCGCAACGAGGAGAUCAACGCGCGCGUCUGCGCCAUCGAGAAGUGGGUGGCGGUGGCCGACAUCUGCCGCUGCCUGCACAACUACAACGCCGUGCUGGAGAUCACCUCCUCCCUCAACCGCAGUGCCAUCUUCCGCCUCAAGAAAACCUGGCUCAAGGUGUCCAAGCAGACAAAGGCUCUGAUUGAUAAGCUCCAGAAGCUGGUGUCGUCAGAGGGCAGGUUCAAGAACCUGAGGGAGGCACUGAAAAAUUGUGACCCUCCUUGUGUCCCCUACCUGGGCAUGUACCUGACGGACCUGGCGUUCAUCGAGGAGGGCACCCCGAACUACACUGAGGAUGGCCUGGUGAACUUCUCCAAAAUGAGAAUGAUCUCACACAUCAUAAGGGAGAUCCGCCAGUUCCAGCAAACCUCCUACAAGAUCGAGCACCAGCCGAAGGUGACGCAGUACCUGCUGGACCAGUCGUGCGUGAUGGACGAGGAGAGCCUUUACGAAGCUUCUCUGCGAAUAGAGCCCAAGCUGCCUUCCUGA